AUGGCCAGCGCGCGCCGCACGUCGGGCUUCCCCACGCGGGCGCCGGCCAGCAACGAGCGGCCGGCCAGCCGCGACACAGAGCGCGAGGAGAUAUGGAAGCCGAUGCUGGACAACAUGUCGAGCGGCAAGCGGCUGCCCGAGAAGAGCCUGCUGGUGCUAGGCGGCACCCCCGAGACGCAGCGCGACUUCCUCGACGCCGUGGCGACCGACGGGCCCAGCGGCCGCCGCCAGCAGGACCGCGGCAAGAAGCCGCCCGUCGCCAAUCAGUUCGCCCUGGGCUACACGUACCAGGAUGUGCUCGACACGGAUCACGAGGACACGCUCGCCCGCCUCUCGCUGUACCUGCUCGCCUCGCCGUCGCCCGCCUUCACGCCGCUCAUCCGCCCCUACCUGACCCCGCGCUCCAUCCCCAACAUGCUCGUCGUCGUGCUGCUGGACUGGAACCACCCCUGGCUGUGGAUCCGCCAGCUGCGCGACUGGAUCCGCGUGCUGCGCUCGCUCAUCCUGUCGCUCGACGACGCCUCCAAGGACGUGCUGCACGACAACAUUGCCACGCUGCAGGACAAGGGGCGCCACCUCGGCGACGCCACCGCCGCCAUGGACUCCGUCAAGAUCCCGCUCGGCCCCGGCGAGUGGGACGAGGAGCUGGGCCUGCCGCUCUGCGUCGUGUGCCAGAACGCCGACAAGAUCGAGGCCUUGGAGAAGGAGCGCGGCUGGAAGGAGGAGGAGUUCGACUUCAUCCUGCAGUACCUGCGCACCAUCCUGCUCAAGCACGGCGGCAGCCUCAUCUACACCAUGCCCUCGGCCCCCGGCUCGCUGCAGACCCUCGUGCACUCCACCCUGGGCAUCAAGUCGUUGCUAAAGCAGGACCAGCUGCGCCACAACGUCACCGACCGCGACCGCGUGCUGGUGCCGCCCAACUGGGACUCGUGGGCCAAGAUCCGCAUCCUGCGCGGCAACUUCGAGGUCGAGGAGGUCAGCCAGAAGUGGAGUGUCGACAUCGACGUGCCCCAGGCGCAGCCGUCCGUCAGCAGCCACGACGAUGCCGAGGACGCACACGUCCUGGAGAACUCGUCUCUGAUCAGUGCAGAUGGCACCGACGACACCGACUCCGCGACCGCCAUCUACGAGAAGGAGAUCAGAAACCCCGAGUCCGACUUUGCUCUCUCGACCCUGUCGAAACAGGGCAACGGUGUCGAGGUCACGAGCAUGGACCCGCAAGUCUUCCUCACCGAGCAAGUCCACGUGCUCGACCAGCUCCGGCAAGAAGACGACAAAGACGCUGCCCAAAAGGCCGCGCGCAAAGAGGCCGACCCUUCGGCACGCAACUGGACUGCAGCCGUGACAGCCAGCGAAGAUACCUCCGGCAUCGUCGAGGAGCACAUCGGGCCCGUGCAGUUCAACAUGGGCGGCAUCCAUGUCAACGCCGACGAGAUGGUGAAGCGCCUGCAAGACCGCGAGGCCAGCCGCAGCAACGAGCCGAAAGCAUCCACCCCCGAUGCAUCCGACCCCAGCGCCAUGAGCAACGACAAGCUCAUGUCCUUCUUCUCCGGCCUCAUCAACAAGGGCGCGAACAGCCCGGCGCGAGGCGCGUAA